AUUUUUGCGCGGGGCGAUAAAAAAAUUUUUUAAAAAAAAAAACCCUUUGGAUAGACGAGAAUGAAGAGGACGGACUGCUCUUGCUUUGCUUUACGUUUGAUUUAAGCCAAAAAUUCCAGAAAAAGACGCUUACUAGAUCCCAGAUUAAAUCAAAUUUUAGCGUUUGAAAAAGUUUUGUCCCGGUUUUAAACCCCAGGACACCUGCCGCUGACCCGUGUUUUUUGGCCUAUUUGCAGAAAUAUGAUGGAGGAUUUCUCUGGUUUGGCUCUGCCCCCUCUGUUUGGAGGACACAUCCUGGAGGCCGAGCUGGAGCCUGGAGGUGUGGAGCUGGGGCCGGGAGAGGUGGAGCUGGGCUCGGGGAGCAAUGAGCUGCUGGAGAGUACAGCACAGGAGGAUGAAGAGAGAAGAGCUCUUGAUAAGAGGAAAUAUCUGGCUCUGAACAGGAGAUGUAAGGACAUUGAACAGGUGAAUCAGAAGAUUCUUGGUCGCCUUCAUCGAGUACACAGAAUUACACGGCGCAUGAAGAAGGAGAGACGGUUUCUCAUGAAGACUUUAGAUGCUCACGGGGAUGACUACAGAAACGCCCAGCUCACUAUACUUCUAGAGGAUGAACCUGGAGCCCAAUUAGAUCCCGCUGAUGGAGUGGAGGAUUACCGGCUCAAUGGUGUGUCUUGUUCCACUUUGUCUGCAGCAUUGCAUCAUGCUGCUGGACCAAAGCGGAGGAGGCACCGAAUCCCACGGCAAGAAAAAGAUAAAGACCAACAGACUGAACCAGACAUGUCAGUGUUGGCAGAGACACAGUUUGGAGAAAUGCCCAGCCCAACCUCUCUGUCUCACUGAUAGUUGCACUGCAGCCCUAGAUAUGAUGAUGAAGAAGCACCCAGUUUUUCUUAAAUUUUCAAUAGAUGCUUCUGUUCAGCCAAGGUUUAUACUGUUUGUAGUUUUACUUGAACAUUGGGAAUAGAUUGAAUUCAUGUAAGGUAAAAUGAGAUGUUUUUCUCCUGGUAAAUGUACAUUUGUUUUGUAUACAUUGUUUGCUUUUGUCGUAAUUUGUCCUUAGACUUGAUGACAACACAUAAUUAUGACCAGUGGCAAACUGUGCACAUUGCCAUGGACAACCUUGUUUGGUAAAUAUCUGGCAACAUAGAUACAGUUAUUGUAGGGUUGCAAACUUAUCAAUGGCUUUCACAAUAUAUUCCUGGAUACUAUCAAUGAUUUCAUGAUUCAUGAUUAAGUUUCAGGAACUGCUCAUAUAAAUUUCUAUUUGGCUGUUGUCUAUUGUAAAGUGUUUUUUAAUUUCAAUUUUUGAGUCUUUUAAUUAUUGUGUUUUAACGGUUUUAAGUUUCCCAGUGUUAAGAAAGUUCUGUUGUAUAGAUUUUAUUAUAUUUGCUGAUGUUGCCCCGAAACAGACACAGAUUUCGCUACUUUUACUGAUGUUUACAUCUGCAUAAACAAUUUAAACUGUGUGUUCUAUUAUGUUUCUAUACAAUAAUUAACAAUUGUUUCAGGCAGGAAAAAGAAAAAAAAUCUUCACUUGAGGUCAA